GGCCACUUUAGAGUCUGAAGAUGGCCAAGGCCACAGCUUCCUAUGACCAGCUGGCUCAUCAGGUGGAGGCACUCCGCAAGGAGAACUCUCAUCUGAGGAGGGAGCUGGAGGACAACUCCCAUCACCUGUCCAAGCUGGAGACAGAGACGACUGGCAUGAAGGAGGUGCUCAAGCAGCUGCAGAAUAAACUGGAUCAAGAGGCUGGAACCCUGGCCUCCUCGGGGAGAAGCGAUGUUCUACAUCAACUCCAAGAAUUGCACAUGGAUCUCACCAACUACUACGAACUCAAACAUCAGCAGCACAACCUGAGACUGCUGCCAGAUGGCCUGGGAGGGGUCGGGACAGCAGGCAUUGAUGGCGGGGGCUUGGAUGAGCAUCCAGCUUUGCCAAAUUCCUCUUGCUCCUCCUUGGCAUUGGGCGUUGGCAGGGCCAGAAGUCCCCUUGGUGCUUCUUCCCGUCAGAGCACAGCACCUGGGGCGGGUACUGCCAUCAUGCUACCACAUCACUUUCUUGAUGGAGCCCCACCCAAUACAGCAGUGAUCGCCGACACAGACGGGCGAAACAGUGAUCAUCAUCUGGAGGAGCUGUAUAAGGAGAGGAACCUUCUGCUGGGGGAGAUUGACCGUGAAGAGAGGGAGCAUUGCUGGUACUUCCGACAGUUGGAGGCACUAUCACAAAGGUUGGCCCACCUUCCCCGCAUCGACAUGUUCUCGCUGCAGAUGGAUCUGAUCCGUCAGCAGCUGGAGUUUGAAGCCCAGCAGGUCCGAUCUGUCAUGGAGGAGCGCUUUGGCACCAGUGACGAGAUGGUUCAGAGGACACAGAUCCGUGUUGCUCGCUUGGAGCAGUUGGAGAAGGAGUUGCAGGAGGCCCGAGGGAACCAGGAGAACCAACUGCAGCUGUCUGGCACUGAGAAGCCACCUGCUGGAGAGCCAGAGAACAACAUUCUAUCAGGUGCUGCAGCAAGAACAGAAGCUCCUGCAGAUGGAGGCAAUAAGAUGGAGAUGGUCUUCUGGCUUCUGUCCAUGCUGGCUAACCGGGACAAAGAAGAGAUGUCUCGGACACUGCUAGCCCUGUCAAGCUCUCAAGACAGCUGCAUUGCUAUGCGAAAGUCUGGGUGCGUUCCUCUCCUAGUCCAGAUCCUUCAUGAAGCUCCAAGUAGCGAUUCCAAGGAGACUUUAAUAGGUGGCACAACAGGGUGCAGCAGGGAGGCCAAGUCCAGGACCAGUGCUACUCUGCACAACAUCAUCUACUCUCAGCCAGAUGAAGGCCAAGCCCGCAGGGAGAUGAGGGUGCUUCAUAUGCUGGAACAGAUCCGAAGCUACUGCGACAGUGGCUGGGACUGGAUAGAGAGCCACACUGGUACCCCAUCACCUGCAGGAGCCAAAACCACAGAAAUCCCUGAGCCUGUGGACCCUCAGAUAUGCCAGGCCAUGUGUGCCAUCAUGAAGCUUUCCUUUGAAGAGGAGUACCGACGAGCCAUGAAUGAACUAGGUGGACUUCAGGCAGUGGCUGACCUGAUUCACCUGGACCAGGAUAUGUUCGGGAUGCAGAAUGAUCCCAUCAACAUGGCUCUGCGCCGCUACGCAGGGAUGGCUCUGACUAACCUCACAUUCGGGGAUGUUGCCAAUAAGGCCACUCUGUGCUCAAGGAAGAGCUGCCUGCAUGCGCUGGUGGCACAGCUGGCAUCAGACAGCGAAGACCUGCACCAGGUCGUCUCCAGCAUCGUCAGAAACCUGUCCUGGAGAGCAGACAUCAGCAGCAAGAGAGUCCUCAGAGACAUCGGCUGUGUGUCUGCGCUCAUGACCUGUGCGCUACAGGCGACAAAGGAGUCCACGCUAAAGAGUCUUCUGAGCGCUCUCUGGAACCUCUCGGCACAUAGUAUCGACAACAAGAUGAUGAUCUGUUCGGUGGACGGCGCCCUGGGCUUCCUGGUCAGCACACUGACCUACCGCUGCCAGACCAACUCUUUGGCCAUCAUUGAGAGCGGUGGGGGUAUUCUCCGAAAUGUAUCCAGUCUGGUUGCCACACGAGAAGACUAUAGGCAAAUCCUCAGAGAUCACAACUGCCUCCAGACUCUGCUGCAGCACCUGCGCUCCCACAGUCUGACCAUUGUCAGCAAUGCAUGUGGGACUCUUUGGAACCUAUCUGCUCGAAGUCCCAAAGACCAGGAACUACUCUGGGACCUUGGAGCUGUUUGCAUGCUGCGCAACCUUAUCCACUCAAAACACAAGCUGAUUGCAAUGGGAAGUGCGGCAGCAUUAAGGAACCUUCUCUCUAAUCGACCACUGAAGUAUAAGGAUGCAGCAGUUGUGUCCCCUGGCUCCUGCAUGCCCUCACUCUACAUGAGGAAACAGAAGGCUCUGGAGGCAGAGCUAGAUACCAAGCACCUAGCAGAGACUUUUGAUACCCUAGAGAAACAGAGUCCAAAGCAUCUAAGCCUCAACAAGCCGCUAAGGCACAUUGAGAGUCUAGCAAAAGAUUAUGCAUCAGAUUCUGGCUGCUUUGAUGACGAUGAGGCCCCAAAUAUCUCCAGCAGCUUGGACACUGGGAGCUUCUCCAUGUUGUCAAUGUUUCUCACAAACUCCAACUUUGUGCAAAAUCAAACACGCAAGAGAGACAGUGAGCCUGAGAGAGACAUAGACCCAGUAGAAAUAGUGGUUAAGAGACACACACCUGCUGAUGAUGUAUCUGCAGCUGCAGAGAAGCUAGCUAAAAAGAUCACCAGUACUGUUGCCAAAAUUGACAGGCUAGUGGAAGACAUUACCCUGCAUACAUCUUCUGAGGAUAGUUUAAGCCUCAGCUCUGAGGACCACCUGGCAGACUGGCCUUAUGGCCUGGAUGAGUUAAAUGAAGCCCAGGCAACUUCAUUCUCCCCAUGCCACCUCUCUGAUACAAGCAGCUUGGCCACUAGGGACCGCCUUAGUAGAGUUCACCCCUUAAUGCGACUCAGAACUGCCCACACAAGUGUAUCAACAGACAGCCUAAACAGCGGCAGUACUAGCGACGGUUACGGUGGUGGCAAAGGUCAAAUGUACCACACUCCAAAAACUCUAAACAACCAACAACGCCCCAACCAACUUGAUCUCAAAGUUUCUCAUCCAGAACACCUUAAUGCAAAGAACACUCUCCUCAUUGAGACAGGAGAGCAAGAUAUACCAGAGAGAGAUUCUGGGAACAACAAAGAUGCAAAAGUUCUUGAACUCAGCCAUAACCUUAACGUGGAAAGGAAUCAGGAUCUUCACUUACAAACACCCAUCAGUGCAUCCACUAAAGUUUCCUCUGAUGUUAGCAUGGCUUCCGUUAAACUAUCACCAUCUUAUCAACAGGUUCCCCUCAUUCAGAGUGUGGCAAAAUUUGGUGUAGCAAAGACAACAAUCAAUGUUCAAGCUGCCCAAGCAAUGAGAAGGCAAGCAUGGGUACCAACUGCAAUGACUGGUGGAAGUAUUACCAAAUUUUCUCCAGUAUCAUCCAGUAGAAGUCCAAUCAUUGGAUCUAUGGAGACAGUCCAAAAAUACUCUGUGGAGAACACACCAAUCUGCUUUUCUCGUUGCAGCUCGCUGUCCUCACUUUCGUCUGGUGAUGGAGCACUGGAUGCACAAAGUGAAAAUGAGCUUGAGAGUGACUCAUCUUUAGAAAUAAUUGAAGUGGAUGAUGGAGAAGAGGUCAAAAAAGUUGUAGAGGAUGAGACAUUGGAAGAUCUCAGUGACAGCCAGCUGCUUAUAACAGACUCUAAAACAUUUCCAAGCAAAGAGACAGAUUCUUUUGAGAUCCCCUGUCCUGCUAAAAGGGAAAAAGUGUUCCUAAAGGGUACUUCAUCAGCCAUAUUUGAAGACAGGUCUCCUUCUAGUUCAUCUGAGAACUACAUCCAUGAAACACCCUUAAUGAUGAGCCGAUGUAGCUCAGUCAGUUCACUGGGGAGCUUUGAGUCUCCUUCUAUUGCUAGUUCAAUACAAAGUGAUCCAUGCAGUGAGAUGAUUGAUGGGACAAUAAGCCCCAGUGAUCUUCCAGAUAGCCCAGGACAAACAAUGCCUCCUAGUCGAAGCAAGACACCAUGCUGCGCUGAAUCGAAUGUACCAGAAAUACAAACCACAGGAAUAGCAGGUCAGUGGGAAAGUAGCUUGCAAAGGUUCAUGGAAAUCACAGAUCCCAAGGAGAGGUUAAACCUUCCCCCUGACCUGGACACCAUGAUCUACUUCACUGUGGAAAAGCCCACUGAGAACUUUUCUUGUGCCUCAAGCUUGAGUGCAUUACCACUUCAUGAACACUAUAUACAGAAAGAUGUAGAGCUGAAAUUGACCCCCCUUCUCCAACAAAGUGAGAAAAAUCUUCUAAUUCCCGAUGAAGAAGCACAUGGUCCAGAACAGGCUGAGAGAUAUAGUGAGGGCAACUCAGACGAUGACAUAGAAAUCUUGAAGGAAUGCAUCAACUCAGCAAUGCCCUCCAAGUUCAGAAAAGUAAGACCUUCCUUGAUGACCACAAUUCACCCUCAUAUUCUGAAUUCCCAGAUGCGAAAACCAAUACAUCUUCCUCUGUACAUGAUGCUCCCAAAUGGCAAAACCCAAAUGUAUCCUGGAAAGAGAAUUGUAAUCGCACAAAAAGAGUUAAAAUUUGAUGAUUCAUCUUUCACAGACUCUGCUGAAGGCACUCCUGUCAACUUCUCAAGCACAACAUCAGUAAGUGAUGAAACACUCCACUAUCCACUGAAAGACAGGGGGGCUAAAGACUGCUCAGCUAAAGGUAUAAUAAAUAAAGAGGAACUCAAUGAUGAGGCAAAGAGGAUUGAAGACUUGAGGAUAUUUUCACACUUCCACAAACCCAACAGAAUCAACUAUCACCCUGAUACACGAUGUGGUCAAAUGAACCCAACGAGCAAACAUGUUGUUCCCACUCAGAGGGUGCUGAUGCAGAGCAAGGAAGUAGCUGAUAGAGUCAGCCAAAGAAACCGUGAUCAAUCUCCCAACCAACACAAAAAGAGGCAUGAUCAAGAAUCUUCCAGAAAACUGGAACUGCCCAUUAUUAAACGAAACACUGAAAGCACCAUUAAUCUAGGAUCACAAAAGCAAAACACAGCCUUUCAAAAAAUGACAUAUUCAGAAGACAAUAGCUGCUUCCAUAACAACCAAAAUGACAAAGACAAGUCAAUGAAAUGCAUAAGCAGAAACCAGGUCAAGGACGCAAUUGGAAAUACUCUAUCUCAUAGCAUGACUAAUGUUGGCAGGAUAGGUCAUUUGCAAUUGAAGCCCAGGGGGUUUCACUGGAUAAAACAGAACCUAAUAAAGGAUGAAUCCCUGGCUUGUUAUUCGCUCAGUUCCUCUCUUAGUUCGCUGAGUGAUGCAGAGUUUGAGGGCCAUAAAUCAAAAGCACAGCAAGUAUGGUACAAAAACAGACUCAAAAAAUCAAUGAAUAUGGUACCACAAACUAAAUCUGUAACUAUUCAGAACCAAUAUGAAGAACAAAGUUCACCAAGCUCUGUCAGCAUGGAUUCUGAGGAUGACCUGCUUCAGAAAUGCAUAACAUCUGCCAUGCCCAAGCAGAGAAGGAAGCUUGCUGUCAGAAAGAAGAAAGCUGAGAUUACCCACAAACAAAAAAAUUUGCAGAAGGUCCCCGAUGGUUGGAACAUGGAUGAGGAAGUGGACAGUGAUGACACUACUUGGGACAAAGACUCAGACUUGAACAGCACUGAAUGGAGAGCCAUACAGGAAGGUGCCAAUUCUGUUGUCACUGGGUUACAGGCAACAAAGUCUCAGGAGCCAUCAUCUGAAGAGACUGAGUCAGUCCUUUCAUUUAUGUCAACAUCCAGCUUCACACCCAAAGAAAGAAAGUUUGCUAAAGACAAAAAGGCAAAUAAACCACUGGACUUCGCCCAGCGUAAGCCAGUUCCAAAUUUACCAGUGGUCUUUAGAGGCAGGACAGUGAUAUACACACCGAAAAAAGAGACUGCUCUGUCACAAAGGCCACCUCCCAGAAAGAUACCAGCCAAGCAAGAUGUCCCAAAGAAUCCAAGUCUUGCUCAGCAUAGAUCAAAGAGCCUUCACAGAUUAGGCCAACCCCUGGACACUGAACUGUCUUUGCCAAAGAGGAGCUCCACUCCACCUCCAAGGAUACCAAAAAGUUCAUCUUCUGGAUCAUCACAAAGCUCUACACCAUCCAAACAGUCACAGAAGAAGUUGGCAUCUCCUACUCAGACAAAUAAGGCAGUUGAGAAAAAGAAUGCCACACCAGCAAGUAGUCCACCAACUUGCAGUCUCAACGAAAGAAAAGGACGCUCUCCAGCCAUGAAUCAUGGUGGAAAAACCCCACCACCUAAAACUCAGAAAUCUCCUGUCCGAAUCCCUUUUAUGCAGUGUUCUGCAAGACAGCCCAGACCUCUAUCACCAUUGGUAACAAACCAGACAAAAAGACAAAGCAAUCAAGUCAGUGGGAAAAGGGUUCUGCCUGCCAAUCAGUUUGACUUGGUCAGGAUGUCUUCAGUUCAUUCAAGUGGUGGGGAUUCUGAUCACAGUGGGUUCUUGCGACAACUAACAUUCAUUAAGGAAUCAAAGACUGUGUUGAAACGUGAGGGCUCUUCAUGCAACAUGCAUGGCUCUCCACAUGGAUCUCCCCGCAAAGCAGUACCAAAAGCUCCUGCAGUCUUUCUUUGCUCAUCUCGCUGUCAGGAACUGAAAGCAGUUGUCCAUGCCCCAAGAAGGAUACAAGGAAAAGGACCAGGACAAGCACAGCAUGACCACAGGCCAAACUCAGUCUUCCCAAUGAAGACAUAUCCUACCAGAGAACCCUCCAAUGAAAGAGACCUAUCCAUAAGACGUCCAACGAGAAGAACUAGCUCUGAAAGCCCUUGUAGGGUGGCUCAAAGAAAUGGCCCUGACCAGAUAUCUGGGGUAAAGCAACUGCAAGACAAAGACACCUUUAAACGUCAUGCCUCAUCACCAAGCAUAAACAUAUUGAACCGAGUGACCAGCCGUUCUUCCCUUCAUUCUUCGUCCUCUGAUUCAAGUGGAAAAGCAAAGAGUGAAGCUGACAGAAAUAAAAAAGGGCAAAGAUCUGGCUCUUGGCUAAAUGACAGAGUCACUUGGAGGAGGAUCAGAGACAAAGAUGUGCCGUAUAUCUUGAAAAACACACUUCCAUCUAAUGCACUGCCUCUGGUGCCUUCUUCUGAUGAGGAAAAAACAAAGCCACCGGUUCUUCCACGAAAGCUGCCAACCGUUUUACUUGCCUCACGCAAGACAAGUGAUGCAACGGUCCAAACUGAUGAUUUAUCAAAUAAGAUUAACUCAAGCACCUCUCCAACAGUUGACACAGCUCCAGUUACCUCAGAAGAGAUAGCAAGACUAGCUCUUCUGAGAAACAUGAGUACCACCUUUGUGAAUAACUUCCAAGAUGGAGAUUCAGAAGGGUCACUGAGGAGUCACAGCACUGUCUCUAUGGGAACAGACAGCCAUGUGAGUGGAGUUGUACAUUUCCGCCAGGGAUCUCCCAGCAAGGCCGCCCGAAUCACUCCAUUCAAUUAUAUCCCAAGCCCCAUGGCAUGCUGCCUGCAAGAUGUCAGUCAAGCAGCUACGAUCAAUGAGAAGUCAGGGGAAAAAAAUGACUCAUAAGAUGUUUGAUUCCCUUAGGAGAAAAGACUUCCUGAAAGACUUGACACUUGGGAAGACAAACAAGGAGAGUAUGCUAGUCCUUAUACCUCGGGUAUUGGCCCUUCUCCAUUUGUGUUUGAACAUAUUUCGCCAAAAUGAUCGUAGCUUUCCUCUACCACCAUAUACUUCAAGUGGCUAAUUUCACAUGAAGAAGUGGGGUACUUUUUUGUACUUUUUGUAUUUGUAGACUUGCCUGCUAGAAAUGUAGUGACAGCAUAAAACAAAAGACAAUUUCAUUUCAACACAUAAAUCACCGUGAAAUGUUAAGGUCUGACUGAUUUAAAAACAAACAAACAAAAAACCAUUUACCUGAAAAGGUACAAAGUGUUGAAGUUAUGUAAAAGAACAUGAUAAACUGAGGUAUAAAGUUUUUUUUUUUUUAA